UUUCAGGAAGUAGAUCAAAUCUCUUCUGUUUUCAGAAGAGAAACCGUAAAAUCUUCAUUUCACACCAUGAUACAUUAAAGAAUUUCGCAGGUCUUUUAAACAUCACAGUAUACUCUAGUCCAAGACGGAGAGAAACGGUGUUUUUUGGUGAAAGUCUUCUGGAGGAGAUAGUUCAAAUCUGAAAUUAAAAGGGUUUGUGAGUGAGAGUGAGGGGCCGUGAUGAGUCGUCCUCCUUCCAUGCAGCCGCAGAUGUGUGGCCCCUGGGAACUGAAGGAGCGAUUGGGAACCGGAGGGUUUGGGAAUGUCACUCUCUGGCAAAACAAGGACAGCAAUGUUCAGAUCGCUGUCAAACAGUGUCGGCAGGAACUCAGCGCCAAGAACAAGGGCAGAUGGAGUUUAGAGAUACAGAUCAUGAAGAGGUUGAAUCACAUGAAUGUGGUGGCGGCGAGAGACGUUCCAGAAGAACUUCAGAAACUGGCCACAAACGACCUGCCGUUACUGGCUAUGGAGUACUGCCAAGGAGGAGACCUCCGCAAGUAUCUAAACCUGCUUGAGAACUGCUGUGGCAUGCGAGAGGCUGCUGUACUGACACUUAUCCAAGAUAUAUCGUCAGCUCUGACAUACCUCCACGGGAUGAGAAUCAUUCACAGAGAUCUCAAACCUGAGAACAUCGUCCUACAGCAGGGAGAAAAAAGAUUGGUCCAUAAGAUCAUAGAUUUAGGUUACGCUAAAGAACUGGACCAGAGCAGCCUGUGCACGUCGUUCGUUGGGACGCUGCAGUAUUUGGCCCCCGAGUUGUUAGAACAGCAGAAGUACACAGUGGCGGUGGAUUACUGGAGUUUUGGCACGCUGGUAUUCGAGUGUAUCACUGGAUUUAGACCAUUUCUACCAACCUGGCAACCCGUUCAAUGGCACACCAAACUGUUACAGAAACAUGAAGAUGAUAUUGUGGUUUAUGAAGAUCUCACAGGAGAGGUCCGGUUCUCCAAACAUCUGCCUAAUCCACAUAACCUCAACAGAUUGUUAGCUGGUCAACUUGAACACUGGCUACAGCUGAUGCUGAGAUGGUCACCUAAAGAGAGAGGCAAAGAUUUAAGACAAAGGGGUAAAGACAGUCAGGAUGGGCCCAAAGACACCGAGGAGGACAGUAAAGAGACCCCAGAGGGGUGCAAAGAGUCUCCAAAGGGCACAUGUUUCUGCUUUGAUGAAUUAAGCCGCAUUCUGAAUCUAAAGCUGGUCCACGUGCUUAAUAUGACCUCCGCUGAAAUAUUGACAUACUCCGUCCAGCCGGAGGACGACGUGGCAUCCCUACAGGAGCGAAUCGCACAGGACACAUGCAUUCCUCCAGCCAAUCAGGAGCUGCUGUUGGAGGCGGGGCUUGCCGUCGAGCCGCAUAAUAGCGUCAUGCAGUGUGCGAUUGAUUAUUGUUUGCUGGAAACUCGGCGGGCAGAGGAGCCGCUGGUUUUCCUGUUUGACCGUUCGUGCUGCAACUACGAACCGCAGUUUAGCCCACGCGUCCUUCCUGAAAACAUCCGAUUCGUCCAGAACGACCCCAAACGCUCGCUGGCCUACAGCGCACAGAGACGCACAUGGGGUCAAGCCUGGCACACCAUACGCACACUGAAAGAGGACUGGCAGAGACUGCAGCAGGGGCAGAAAGUAGUCAUUAUGAGUCUUCUGAGACAUAAUGGUACAUUGUCCAAACAGAAGAAUGAGAUGGUGUCCAUGCAUCAGAGGUUAAAGGCCACGCUGGAGUUUUUCAGCACUAGUCUGCACAUCGACAUCGACAAAUACCAAGAGCAGAGAGCUACAGGGAUAGCUUCUGAAAAAUUAUUGAGUGUUUGGCGAGAAAUGGAACAGACAGCUAACAACUGUGGGCAGACGGAUGAUGUGAAUAAAUUGGAAGAGGAGAUGAUGACGCUUCAGACUGAUAUCGUGGACCUUCAGAGACAACCCUGGAGGAGCGGAGAGGCUUUAGAGACACUUGAAGUGAAGGCCAUGGAUCUGUUCCGUAAGCUGAGAGAGAAACCCAGAGAGCAGCGUUGUCAGGGUGACUGCCAGGAAGUGAUCAAACUGGUGGUUCAAGCCGUGCAGUUUUACGAGAGGAAGUUACGGGACUUCUACACACACCUGAGUAAGACGAUGGUGUGUCGUCAGCGUGUUCUGGAGUUGUUACCGCGUGUGGAGGGGAUGGUGAGCGCCAUGGCUCAGAGCGAGAAUCGACUGCUCCACCUACAGGAGAAACGACAGAAAGAGCUGUGGAACCUGCUCAAAGUUGCCUGUAGUAAAGUUCGCAGUCCAGUGAGUGGCAGUCCUGACGGGGGGCGUACUCCUCCGACCCCUGGACACCCUCUGCUGCCCCACAGACCCCCAACUACCACCAGCCUGCCCAAUUUACCCCCGACUGACGAGUCUCAGCUUGUGAUUGAGGAGAGCAAGACAUUUGAGAGCCGACUGCAGAGUUUAGUACAAGAAACCAUUCAGGAAACAGAGACAAGCAUGCAGGUAUUGUUUUUAACCAAAGAUCAUUAUAAUGACUACAGUGUUUAUGUUAAAUGUCAAUCAUAAAGGCCCAUGAGUUGUUCUCUCUUUCAGAUGUUGAGAGAAUGGGAGUGGUUAAAUGGAGGGCAGGAUCUGGCUUGAUGUCACAUGUUUCCAGCCAGUCAAUCAUUUCAUAUGAGAGUGUGUUAGAAACUCAAAGACUGUUACUGUACUACUGCCAUCAACUGGAGGAAACGUGAUACUGCAGGCAGUGUGAGCUGACGUUUAACUGACCGCUUCAUUCCUGUGCAGUUUUAAAGGGCCAAAGCUUAGUGUUUUAAUCAUUUAAUUUGUCCCUGAGGUCGAAUUACAAUAUUAGUCAAGGUUAUUUGUCGUAAUGUAGUUUUGUGACCAUUUUCCACUUUCUUUAUGACCCUGAAGGCUGAAACAUAGAGCCCAUUGACAUGCACACCAAUACGCUGAUAACUCCCAAAAAUCAGCUUAUUUAAAAAAUCAGACAAAGCACAUUUAUAAUCAUGCUAUUCUCUGCUUUUUCACGUCAAACCUUGAAGAGGCAUCGGAUAAGCUGGUAAGAAUGGUCGGUUAAGCUGUUAAAUCUACCCAUGUCAAUUAGUUUAUUCUUAUGCUGUUUAUGAUCUUAAACUGAUAAAGCCGUUUAAUGCAUUUGGCUUAUGAAGCAUAAUCAUUUUAAGAACGUGCAUGUAAACGCACUCAGUCUCUAGACUAAUUACAAUGCAAGCUCGAUUUCAUGUGUAGUUGCGUUCCAAAAAUGUGUCAGAACGCAAUUCAAAACAUGAGUAUGUGUUGCAUUCUCAAUGUUGCCACAAGGGGCGCUAUAGCAGACAUUAGUUUCAACUGUCCGCUUCUAUGGUGAGUUUUCUCGCUUACAGCAAGUCUUUCAAACAGAGUAUUGCUGAGCAAUAAGUUAAGCUUACCUGUAUAAUAACACUUCCAGUUUAAUGGUGCAGACAUUUGAAGGUAAAUCUAUCAGCCCCUUGAGUACUGAGGUUUUUUCCCGCCACGGAAGUGCAAGAAUGCACGUUAAGCAUGUUCAACUGCGUUCAUAUCUGCGCACUUGAGUACAGUAUGUUUCAGCCUUUAGAAUUAAACAGGCAGUUUUUGCUGCUGUGCCUUUAAGACUUGUAUGUAAAUGUCCUCGUCACAUAAUAAGUAAUUGCGCUUUGCUGCGUUCACACACGAGCUGCGGGUUUGCUGUCGGGUUCAGUAUUGUUUUUAACUGUCUCACAAACAGUCCCAAAACAAUCUGUACUGAAAUGUGCCGCUCAAACUGUUCAGAUCAGACUGAAUUGAUCAGGAAUCUUGUUGGAAAUUAACUCGCAUUGGGAUUCUUUAGGAGGAUCUGCAGAGCAGUAGGUGCUACACACAGACACAAAUAGCACAAGCUUUCACACACUUUACUACAUUAGUUCUUCUGCUGUUUAGGAUUAUUAUUAUCUUUCCUGCUUCCUCAUUAGCUCAAUGUGACUGGACAGACUAAGUGGAUGGGUAUUAAAGUCCCUUUCAAGGCAAGUCAGUCCACUUGGCGGCAAUCUUGGGAGGGCUUCCGCAGCUAAUUUCUAUUGAUACAAGCGGCAUACAAGUACAGCUGCAAUGUACUUGAACGGGGAAAGACUGAAAUCUCCACAAAUCUGACAACAAUGGUAUCAUAAAUUGUGCAUUAGCUCAGAUCAGGUUAAAAAUCGCUAUUUUUCAGGCUGGCCCAGCUAACGCACAUGGGUGUUCUCAAGUUGAUUGACAGGCAAUAUCUGUAUCUGAAAGACAAUUUGCUCUUUUACCUGUAAGGCGGGACUUCCUUUUGUACGCCCACCAAAUUGGGCGUUCCAAUUUCUCCCUUUCAUUUUAAUACAAGUGCUCUAUUUCCAGCAUAAUAUCCUUUUCAUCAUAAUCAUGAAGUUCCUAGAUGAGCUCUUGUCCAUCUGUUUCCUUCUUAUACAUAAUAUGAACAUGUGAACUUAUGAAAUAUAUGCAGUUUACAACUUUAGUCAACAAUGGUGGCUAUUUUUACAUCCCAACAAACAAAAUAUCACUUUUUUCAGGUACAAGCUGAUUGUAAAGCUUUUUUAUGAUGAUUUGUUUAAUGAUGUAGUUGUAAUGUAAAUGUACAUUUUAUGAAAAAUAUAAAAUUAGUUUGACCAAACUAAGUGUGUGGUUUAUGGCACGUGUGAGUUUGUGUGAUUUCAGUUAUUUGACUUAAAACCAAGUCACUUUUGAAAUGUGAAGUGUGUAAUUUUGGAAUGUGUUUCAUAAUGUUUAUCACAAAAAUGUAUUUUUGACUUGACCCUUGUUUUCUUAAAAAAUAAAUAGCAAAAAUCGAGGUUACAGUGAGACACUUACAAUGGAAGUCAAUGGGGCCAAUUGUUGGAGGGUUUAAAGGCAGAAAUGUGAAGCUUAUAAUUUUAUAGAAGCACUUACAUGAAUUCUUCUGUUAAAACUCAUGUAUUAUUUCAGCUAUAAAGUUGUUUCAAUUGUAAUCGUUUCAGUGUUUAAGGGUUUGCUGACGUUACAUCGUCAUGGCAACGAAGUUGUAAAACUGGCUAUAACUUUCCACAGAUGUGGUUAGUAAGUGAUUUUAUCACACUAAAAUCAUGUUUACAUGCAUGUUGUUUACGUCUUGUGUCUAUACUUUUGAAACAGUGAGUAUUUUAAUGUUUACAGAUUGGCCCCCAUUGACUUCCAUUGUAAGUGUCUCACUGGAACACACAUUUGUGCUUUUUUUAAGAAAAGGAGAGACGAGUUGAAAUUAAUUUUUGUGGUAAUCAACAUUAUGCAACAAAUGCUGUCGAUUGAGCCCAACUUGUACUGAACCCGAAAUGUUUUUUUAAAGGCGCUGUAAGUGAUUUUUUCAUGGAAAAGUAUGCAAAAAAUGUCCCUACUCCCUUAAAGACAUUAAUGAAAUAAGUGUCCUGAGAUAUCUCACCGGUCUCUGCAACAGCUGUAUACUUUGUAAACAGCAAACAAAAAUGUGUCCAGCCACAGGAACAAACAAUGCUGCUCUUUUGCUCGUUUUUGGUCUCAAAAUUGUCUUUGGAGGGCGGGGUUUUGGAAUGAGGGGGCGUGG